UUUCCGCAUUUCAGAGUCGAAGUGAGUUCCCCCAGCAGCCUUUACACAUCUGGACAUUUUCCCGGAGCAGGAGCGGUUCACGUCUUUUGACAAGACGGUAGUUAUGCGGACAUCUGUCCGUUUCGGGGCAAGUGUACGGAGUUCUGAGGAUCAUAAACGACUUAAUGUUGGUUGUUAGAUAGCCAGGAGUGAUCUACCAAAAGACCAGGGGGAUCAAAUCCAGUCAACAUGGCAGUCUUCAAGCCUGAAAAUGUGGAGGACUUCUAUGAGAUUGGGGACGUUCUGGGAAGGGCACCACUGAAUAAAAUGGAUAUCCAAUCUGCAAAAUGUGUCGGUGAAAAGUGUCUGCCAAAGGUUCCAACACUUCAAACUUGUUGCCACAUCUCCGAGAUCAACAUCCAUCCCUGUAUGCCCAAAUCAACUGGGCACUUUGGUCAGGUUCGACAAGUUCGUGAGCAGGCCACUGGGACUUGUUGGGCAGGCAAGUUCCUGAAGAUAAGAAAGAUGGCCGGCAGCCGUCUGGGCGUGGACAGAAGUAUUGUGGAGCAUGAGGUGGAGAUCCUCCAGGCUCUUCACCAUCCAAACAUUGUGAUCCUCAAAGAUGUUUUUGAGAGCCGGGCAGAAGUGGUGCUCAUUCUGGAGCUGGUUAGUGGAGGGGAGUUGUUUGACUUCAUUGCUGAGAAGGAGAACCUGUUGGAGAGUGAGGCAAUUGAGUUCAUGAAGCAGAUCUUGGAGGGAUUGGGAUUCAUGCACAGCAAGAAAAUUGCCCACUUUGACCUCAAGCCAGAAAACAUCAUGCUGUCAAACAAAGUAUCAGCAGACCCUAACAUCAAGCUAAUAGACUUUGGCUUGGCUCACCGUUUUCAACAAAGCAAGGAGUACAGGAGCACAAGUGGCACCCCACAGUACAUUGCUCCUGAGGUGAUAAACAAUGAACCUCUCGGCAUGGCAGCAGAUAUGUGGAGCAUCGGAGUUAUUACCUACAUACUAUUAAGCGGUUUGUCACCAUUCCAAAGUGAGACUGAUGAAGGUACUCUGAAGAAUAUCAUUGCCAUGAAGUAUGAGUUCUUUUCACAAUAUUUCAGCACGACCAGCUCCAUAGCCAAAGACUUUAUCCAGAAACUCUUGAUAAAAAAUCCAAAUGAUAGAAUGACAGCUGAGGAGUGUCUGCUUCAUCCAUGGAUCAAGCCCAUCACACGUAAACAGGUGGCCAAUAGGAAUCGAUCUUCAAUCAAUAUGAAAAACUUCAAAAAGUUCAAUGCUAAAAGGAAAUGGAAGAUGUCCUAUAACAUUGUUCUAAUGUGUAACCGGCUCAACCAGCUUAAACUGCAGUGUAAGGGCAGCUCGGAUCCAGAUCCACUACAGGUUUUUCACCUGAAACGGGAUGGCAAAGUUUUCCAAAUCUGAGACGAGGUUCCAGACGAGGACUACUGAGUCAGACGUGACACAGAGGCUGAAAGACUUCAACACUUGAUAAAAGCUAAGUGAAGUAAAGUAAAAGAGGAAACGUGUGAAUGUGUGCGUGUGUGGUUGUGUGGGACGGGGACUCAGGCUGCUUCCUUCUCCCCAGCGGUUUGACCGAUGACGAGACCCAGAAGAUCAAGGACUGAGGAAACGGGGCAAUAACCCGCAGUGGUCGCCAACCAUGACCUAAGUAAAACACUCCCCUUCCCGACCUAUUUUAUUACCGCACAGUGCCAUUAAAGAGCAAUCAAUUGUGUUGAUAAAGUGAAACUGGUUGAUAUUUACCUGGUGCUUUGGAGUGUCUGCCUCGUGAACUGAAGUGGGAGAUGAUUCCACAGGACAGGAGCUUGAUAGCUGAAAGCUUUGGCUCAAGUAAGCCUGAAUUCUGGGAGCACAGUGCUCUAGUGCAGAGGUCUUCAACAGGGGGUCCGUGACCCCUAGGGGGUCCGCGGAGGUACUGCAGGGGGGGUCGCAAAUUCUUUGGUUGAUUAGACAAUUUUUUAAAUUUGUUAUAAUUUGUUAUUUAUUUUCGAGCCAAUUUUUUCCCCACAAAUUUAAAUGUCUUUAAAUACACAUUAACAUGCAUCCAACAUAUUGUGAGGUUGAUUUGACCCUCUGCCUGACAACAUCCAUCCGUCCAAGGUUAGAUAAGUUGUUUGCUAUCCAUCAGGGUCCGACAUCUCACUAAUGUAGGAGUAUGUGUGCCAUCCAAAGAUGGCUUGAGGAUUCAUUUUCUCUUCUACAUGCAUGUUUAAAAUAAAAACAUGAAUCUGUGAAUUACUUUAAUAGCUCAGUGUUGUAUGCAAGAUGUAUAUGUUUAUAAAUGGCAGUGGCAUGGCCACCCUUGCACAUGUUUAAAUUAAAAACAUGAACAUAUGAACCCGUGUAAUAUUUGAAUAGCUUAGUACUGAAUGCACAAUAACAGGGUAGCUAUGUUUAUACAUGGCACUAGGCCCAGUUUAAUAUAAAUCACAAUUUUAUACAAUAUAUAUAUAGUAGGGGUCCCCGCUCCAUCUUUCCACCAUUUGGGGGUCCUUGGCCUGAAAAAGGUUGAAGACCCCUGCUCUAGUGUGUUGAUAUGGUACGAUCAGCUCUUUGAGGUAUAAUGGUGCCAUAUUAUUAAGGGCCUUGAAUGUGAGGAGGAUAAUUUUAAAUUCUAUACUAGAUAUAACCGGAACCCAGUGUACACAAAUACAGGAGAAAUGUGGUCUAUUUUCAUGGUCCUUGUCAGGACACGUGCUGCGGCAUUUUGGACAAGCUGCAGAGUCUUUAACGCCUUACUGCUGGAGCCUGAUAAUAAAGAAUUACAAUAAUCAAGUCUAGAUAUAACAAAUGCGUGGACUUGUUUUUCUAUAUCUUUUUGAGAAAGGAUGCAGAAUCCAUGUGCAAGCCCUGUGCCAGACUGAAUGAAAAAUCAUGGAAUGCAGAACGUUGAAGUCAAAGGCUGGGCCUUGGAAAGUGAUGGUUGAGUUCUACACAGCCAUCCUCACCACAUCAGUUACCGUCUGGUUCGCUGCCUCCACUGCCAAGGACAAGGGCAGACUGCAGCGGAUCAUUCGGUCAAGCUCUCUUAGACCUGUUUCACUCCAGGACCAGUAAGAGAGCAGGCAAGAUCAUUGCUGAUCCUUCCCAACCCGGUCACCCCCUAUUUCAGAGACUUCCAUCCGGAAAAAUAUUCCUCGCACAUAGUUUAUCCGAAGCAAUCACUGAACCUUAGCACCGCACGUUCCCAUAACAUAUUGUUUCUUUCUGUAUAUAUUGUUGUUACAUUACAUGUCAUUUAGCUGACGCUUUUGUCCAAAGCGACUUACAUUUUUAGUACACUCAACAUUUAUGAGGGGCCAUUUAGGGGUUCAGUAUCUUGCCAAGGACACUUCGGCAUGCAGAUGGGGAAGAGUCGGGAUUGAACCGGCAACUUUCUUGUUGGAGAACGCCCACUCUACCCCCUAGGCCCCUUUUUUAAUGUCCAAUUGUUGUUUUAUGUUUUAUGUACAGUGCAACAAGGCAAUUUCCUAUAUGUGCAAAUAUACUUGGCAAAUAAAAUAAUUCUGAUAAUGAUUCCAAUAUUACAAAUUUAAGAAUAAAGUCAAUGUUGUAAGAAUACAUUUGAGAGGUUUAAGUCUCUCCCCAUUUCAAGCUAACUGUCGAGUCAAUAAAGGCAAAAUGCCCUAAAAAAGAAAACAAUUAGAUUUGUAAUCAAGAUUUGAAUCUGGAGUUUCAGCCUGCGUGGUGAUUAUUUGCUAAACUAAAUUAUCUUUUAUCUACAAUAUAUAAUAUAAUGUAUUUUUUCCCCACUAUAUCACAUUAUUCUUAUAAUAUUACAACUUUACUUUUGCCAACUUAAAAUAUUCACGAAAUAUCCUUUUUUUAAAUUUUAAAUAUGGCCCCAAUACUCCUUCAUAUAUUACUGUUAUAAUUGUAAAAAAAUACAGCCAUGGAGAUUCCUUAAC